AUGGAAAACUUAUCUUCUACUACCUCUACUCAACAUGCUUGUUCUCAAUCGGUUUCUGAUACACUACAUAAUACUACUGACCCUAAACAACCGCCUCAAACUGAUCGUUCUCAAUCGGUUUCUUCUAAUAUACCAUAUAAAUCCACUGAUCCUCAACUAAUAUUUACUAAUACACCAUAUAAAUCCACUGAUCCUCAACCAACAUCUAACAAUGCUAACCCUCAAAAACAACCUAAAAAUACUU